AUGCAUGGAAAGAGGUCCAGGUGCUCCUUCUCCCAGCUGGAGGUGAUCCUGAUCACGUGCCUGGUGCUGAUGAUCGCCCUGACCGUGGUGCUCCUGGUCCUGCACUUCCUCACCGAAAACAACAAUGAUUCCAACAACAUAGCAGAACCAGCAAAGUACUUGGUGGGUGUUGGCAGAGCUGACUGCACGGGGCCUGUGGCACAAGUGCCUCUGAUGGGAUAUGCCAACCCCGACCAGGUGGGUGGGGGGCUCCUCUCGCGCCUCUACAGCCGAGCCUUCAUCGUGGCAGACCUCAAGAACUCCAGGCGGGUCGUCUUUGUCAGUGCUGACAUUGGAAUGGUGUCCCAGAGAGUGAGGUUGGAGGUGCUGAAGCAGCUGCGGAGCAAGUACGGCCAGCUGUACCGGCAGGACAACGUCAUCCUCAGCGGCACCCACACGCACUCAGGGCCCGGGGGGUACUUCCAGUACACCCUGUUCUGGAUCACCAGCAAGGGGCUGGUCAGGCCAGCCCUCAGCUCCAUCGUGAACGGCAUUGUGAAGAGCAUAGGUAUUGCCCAUGAGAACAUGAAGAGAGGAAGGCUCUUUAUAAACAGAGGCACGGUAGAAAACAGCCAGAUCAACCGGAGCCCUUUCUCCUACCUCGCCAACCCGCAGUCCGAGCGGAACAGGUAUUCAUCCAACACGGAUAAAGAAAUGGUGGUGCUGAAGAUGGUAGAUGAGGAUGGAUCCGAGCUAGGCCUUAUCAGCUGGUUUGCCGUGCACCCGGUGAGCAUGAACAACUCCAACCACCUGGUGAACAGCGACAACGUGGGCUACGCCUCCUACCUGUUCGAGCAGGAGAAGAACAGGGGGAUGCUCCCCGGAGAGGGCUCUUUUGUGGCCGCCUUUGCCUCAUCCAACCUGGGAGAUGUGUCCCCCAACACGCGGGGCCCGUUCUGCGCCAACACGGGCGAGUCGUGUGACAACCCCCAGAGCACCUGUCCCGUCGGAGGGGCAGCCAUGUGCAUGGCCAAGGGGCCCGGGAAUGAUAUGUUUGAGAGCACCAGGAUUAUAGGGCAAAAUAUCUACUUGAAAGCAAAGGUUAAAACCUGUAAGCCAGCCCUGGGGCACAGCUUUGCUGCAGGGACUAUUGAUGGAGUGGGGGCUUUCAACUUCACCCAAGGUGCAGUAGAAGGGGACCCGUUUUGGGACCAAAUCCGGGACCAGCUGCUGGGAGAGCCAUCGAACGAAACCAAAGCCUGCCACAAACCCAAGCCCAUCCUCUUCAGCACAGGGGAGAUGACUUGGCCCCACCCCUGGCACCCGGACAUUGUGGACGUGCAGAUCGUUGCCAUCGGAUCCCUGGCAAUCCUUGCUGUUCCCGGGGAGUUCACGACCAUGUCUGGACGCAGGCUGCGGGAAGCUGUUAAAAGUGAAUUUGAUUCCCACGGGACACCAAAGAUGAACGUUGUAAUUGCAGGUUUGUGCAAUGUCUACACCCACUACAUCACCACCUACGAGGAAUACCAGGUUCAAAGAUACGAGGCUGCCUCAACUAUUUAUGGGCCACACACCCUUUCUGCUUACAUCCAGCUGUACAGGGGCCUGGCCAAGGCUAUUGCUCUGAAUGCCACUCAGGAGCUGCCCCGUGGUCCAGAGCCCCCACUUUUCAACGUAACCAGUCUGACCCUGCUGCCUUUGCUCAGCGCCGAGAACGCGCCGGCCAAUAAAGACUUUGGGGAUGUGCUGGAAGAAGUGAGACAAGAGUAUCGAGAGAGAGAAGUUGCUGAAGUGACUUUUGUGGGUGCAAACCCCAGGAACUCUGCAGAGAAUGCGACUGAGCAUAACUUCCUGACGGUGGAGAGAUACUCCAACAUUUCCGGCAGCUGGCGCACGGUGCUGAACGACGCCUCCUGGGACACCAGGUUUUACUGGAGCAAAGGAUCCCGAGGCCAGAGCAAUGUGACCAUUGAGUGGCACAUCCCGGCUGGCACAGAGCCGGGCCUCUACCGGUUCCGCUACUUCGGGCACUGCAAGAAGAGGCUGUUCCCCUUCUUGAAAACCAUCACAGUCCCAUUUGAGGGUUCAUCCUCAGCAUUUCAAAUCACAGCUCCAUAG